ACCAACACCAACGGUCCUAACUUCAAUCUUCUUCUUCUUCAUCUUCGUCUUCAUCUUCAUCCUCUUCCUUCCAAUGCUACUCUUUGCUAACCCAACCCUAAACCCUCUUCUCUCCAAUUUCUCAAAUCCAGAUACUGCUUUUGUUAUCCCUUGUAAUCCUCACAAGCUUUAUACCUCACCUAAACUAACCCCUAAUUCCUCUCUCCGAAGACCUCUUCUUCCCCCCGUAAACUCUUCUUCUUCACUCCAAAACCCUAACUCUCUCCGCCACGUCUCCGACAAUGAGGACUCCGCUGAAGCGUCUCUGGUCUCUUCCGCCUCCGCCGUUGCCUCGGCCAUCCGCGGCGUUUCGACCUCCCCCAUCGAGUUCGUUCAGCAGAUUGAGAAAAGUCCCAAAAACGGAUUGGUGCUCCCAAGUUCAGAUUUUCAGAGACUCUGCGUCGAGCAAUUGGACCUUUUUCGUCGAAUCGUUGAUCCUGAGGCCUUUCUCUCGGUCUAUGUUAGACCAGCUGGGAGUUAUGUUAUGGAUCGUCUAGAGCUGCGUCGAGUUACUGCUUAUCCUGGAGUGAAUGCAGCUGAUGUUGUCAUAUUAGUUGGUAGUUUUGGCAUUCCAGCUGGUCUGAGAGCAGCAGAAGCAUUACUUUCCAAUCAAGAAGUGGAAUUUGUACCUGAGUAUAGAGCUGCAGUUUUUCCCAUGGUGAAGCACCCUUUUGUGGUGGGAUUCUUGGUUGCCGAAUUUCGGAGCCUGGAAAUGCCAACUCAAGGGAACGGGCAGAGCCAAAAGUCUGAGCCUCAGGAGACAGCUCAUGGUUUUUCGUUGGACUAUGAUUCCAAAUCAUGGGAUAUUCAGAGUUUAAAGGAGGAGUCGUUGAAAAUGGGCAAGUUUACUGCAGAGCAGAGAUCAAAUGCUAUCAGCAUUGCUCGGUCUUUGGCAAUGGCAUAUGUGAUGGAUCAGAAAGCAAUGCUACUCCAGCAGUCCUCAUGGCAAAAUAAUGUCAGGAUGAGUAAUCUAAUUGAGCAAAUUCGUGGUCCUCUGUCUAGCAUUCGGACUUUAAGCAAAAUGUUAUCUCUUCACACGAAAAGAGGUGAGAUAUCUAAUGACAUUAUUGAAGACAUAUUGGUACAAGGCGAUCACAUGAAGGAUACUCUCCAACAACUCCAGGAUGCUGUUCACCUGACAAAGGCCAAUAUAUUCCGCUACAAUGAAGAAACAAUGAAGAAAAUGCUGAAUUCCACUUUCACCUAUCCUGAAUCAGUGAGGCCACACUUGUCAGAUGAAUUUUCAAGGGAUGGUUCUAGUAAUACUAUACAAAGUCGAGGUGAAUCACUUCCUUUAAAAACUUCAUUAAAGGAUAUAGAAAUGCCUAUGCCACCUCCUGCUCUCGCUCCCCUAAAGCAACAUGAGAUAAGACCAUGCGAUGUUUCUGAUGUACUGGAAGAUUUGGUUGAGGCCGUGAGUCCUCUUGCUCAAAAACAGCAACGCCUAGUACAACUUAGUGAACUAGAACAAACCUUGCAAGUUGCCAUAGAAGAACCUGCUUUGCGCCAGGCUCUCAGCAAUUUGAUUGAGGGUGCAUUGUUGCGAACAAAAGUUGGAGGAAGGGUUGAAAUUGUGUGUAUGAGAGCACCAGCAGGUGGUGCACUUGUAGUAAUUGAUGAUGACGGGCUCGAUAUGCACUAUAUGACACAGAUGCAUUCGCUCACUCCAUUUGGAGUAGACCUCUGCUCGGAGAAUAUGGUGGAAGACAACAUGACAUGGAAUUUUGUCGCCGGUCUUACUGUUGCACGUGAGAUACUUGAGAGUUAUGGCUGUGUUGUUCGUGUCAUAUCACCCCGGAUCAAAGAAGCUGCUCUUGGAGCAGGUGGCACUCGCAUAGAACUUUGGCUUCCAUGCUUUGCCUUGUCUGAUUUUGAUGGUCCUGCUCAAAUGCUAUAGCAACUAAGGGAGGAGAACUCUCUGCAUUAUUAUCACACCAGUAUACAUUACAGUACAGAUUUUAGAGGGAAAAUAAUGGACAAUGUUUGAAUUUUGGCUUGGCUUUCUUGCUAUUUAUAAAUGCAAGGUGUUGGUUUUAUUUGGGGUCAUCAUACUGUAUAGCUUCUUUUUCCAUACUUCUGUAUUUACUUGUAUGUACAAGGAAGUGUACAAUUUGUAAUGGAAUUAGUAUUUUGGUAAUUUUUUUUUAGAAAAA